ACUCGUGAAGAAAUUGUCAGUUUGUUCUAUAAUCACAUCAAAGCUGUGAAUGAGAUCUACGAAGGAACGAACUUCAACGGUAUCAAAGGCCUUCACUUUGUGAUUCAAAGAACCUCGAUUUAUACCCCUGAAACUUGCGAUCGUGGUCGACCUGUACCGGGCAGCGAUAAUCCGUUUUGUGAAGAGAAUGUUGAUGUGUCCAACUUCCUCAAUCUAAAUUCUCAACGGAAUCAUUCAGCGUUCUGUCUCGCUUAUGCACUUACUUUUCGAGAUUUUGUGGGAGGAACUCUUGGGUUGGCGUGGGUAGCCAGUCCACAAUACAAUACGGCGGGUGGCAUCUGCCAGAUUUAUCAGCGAUACAAUGAAGGUUCGAGAGGCUGGGUAUUUCGCUCAUUGAAUACGGGAAUUGUAACACUGGUUAAUUACGGGAAUCGUGUGCCUACAAGAGUCUCACAGUUGACGCUUGCUCAUGAGAUCGGACAUAACUUCGGCUCUCCCCAUGAUUUUCCUCUAGAAUGUCAACCGGGUCUGCCGGACGGGAAUUUCAUCAUGUUUGCAUCGGCAACAUCUGGAGACAAGGUUAACAACGCGAAAUUCUCACCAUGUUCGGUAGCGAAUAUCUCGAGUGUUCUGCAUGUUGUACUGCAAUCCGUGCCCAUUGAUCCCACUCGCCAUGCUGGACCUGUCGGAGCGUUGAUGAAAAGGAACUGCUUCCAAGAGCGAACAUCAGCGUUCUGCGGAAAUCAAAUCCACGAACCUGGUGAGGAGUGUGACUGUGGAUUCUCGCAAGCUGACUGUGACCAAAUGGGCGACAAAUGUUGCACGCCUCAUGAAUCAGCCCGAAACGGUUUCAGUUUGAGUGGAGGGCCAUGUAAACGAAAGAAUGGAGCCAAAUGCUCUCCCUCUGAAGGUUACUGCUGCAAUUCCGAGACCUGUUCACUGCAUCAAGCGCUCGACUAUAAAAUUUGCCGUCAGGAAUCAGAGUGUAGUGAGACGCAGUGGUGUAACGGGCUUACUGCCCAGUGCCCUCCAUCUCCACCAAAAGAGGAUGGACUGCCAUGUCAGGACAGUACAAAGGUUUGCUCAAGAGAAGACCGAGGUUGUUCACAUUUUCUACUAACUGAAUGUGUAAAUAACAACCUGAGAAUGUUAAAUACUUAUUGCGAAAGACUCACAAAAAUCUUCUCACGAAAAAGUUGCAGAAGUAUUGAAAAGGCUUCUUUUGAUUCUGAAAGCUAUUUAAUUUGUUUAGAAUGCACUUCAAGUGUGAAGCUGCCGGAGUUCGCUGCUAAUAGAACUGUCUUCACUGAGUUUAGUCAGCAUGGCAGAAAAGGAAAGAGUGGACUCGUGUUGCAUCCAGGAUCACCUUGUAAUAACUAUAAAGGUUACUGUGAUAUUUUCCGCAAAUGCCGCAGCGUCGACGCAAAUGGUCCUCUUGCUCGUCUGAAGAACUUACUUUUCAAUAAAAAGACUAUAGAGACGGUGACGCAGUGGGUUCAGGAAAAAUGGUGGGUGGUCGUGUGCGGUGCCCUGAUCAUCCUCGUCUUCAUGGCGUUAUUUAUCAAGUGUUGUGCUGUUCACACGCCGAGUACAAAUCCCAAUAAACCACCUGCACUUAAUCUUUAUCAGACUUUAACAAGGCCGUCCACCUUAAUUCGACAACGUCGGCAAAGAAGUCGUGCUCCCUUACCAGGAGCCACACCAAACAGUGGAGCUCCACGACCCAGCGCUCCAGCGCAGCAGUCGGCACCGUCAGGUCGCCCUCGCGCUUCAGCGCCUCCUCUUCCACAGGGACCUCCGGUGGCGGUACCGGUGAUACCAUCCGGAUCUGCUCCACCAGUGUCUACGGUGCUGGUGGUAGAGCCACCUCCCCCGUAUACAGCUGCUGCCGAUCCUGGUAGUGCUCUGGGGGGCCCAAGAAGAGGCCAUCGACGGAAUAAACGCCAAACUAGUUCCGACGCGGUGCCAAAAGCGCCGAAAUCGCGGACAAAAGGCAAG